UAGAAUUGUGUGCAAGGGAAGUAAAAUAAGCCAUGCAUGAAGUUCUCACACAGGGCUUCCACAUUAAAGCCAGUGAAAAAGCAUCUCUGUGGUCUCCCUGCAAAGCCUCACGGUACACAGGAGGCAUCUUCUCUGACAGGUAUUGCUGCUAUUAUACAUCACAGAGUAGUCUAUAGCUCAGACACAUGGAGCUAAGUCUUGUGUGUUUUGAUUUUGAGUUAAAGUCUAUGAAUCCAAGUUCAAGUCAUUGUUGCUGCUGUUCCAGAGUCUAGGAACAAUGAAUAAGUCAGGGGUACCUACUGUGACACAGUUUGUCUUGUUGGGCUUUCCUGGCCCCUGGAAAAUGCAAAUUAUUCUUUUCUCAAUGAUUUUGUUCAUCUACAUCUUGACUCUCACUGGAAAUAUGACCAUCAUUUGUGCAGUAAAGUGGGACAGCAGACUCCAUACCCCUAUGUACAUGCUCCUGGCCAACUUCUCCUUCCUGGAGAUCUGGUACGUGACCUGCACAGUCCCCAAUAUGCUGGUCAAUUUUUUUUCCAAAACCAAGACCAUAUCCUUCUCAUUUUGUUUUAUUCAAUUUUACUUUUUCUUUUCCCUGGGCACAACUGAAUGUUUCUUCCUCUGUGUCAUGGCUUAUGAUCGGUAUCUAGCCAUCUGCCAUCCACUGCACUAUUCCUCCAUCAUGACUGGACAGCUAUGUGCCAUCCUGGUGUCUCUUUGUUGGCUCAUUGGUUUCCUUGGAUAUCCAAUUCCUAUUUUCCUCAUUUCUCAACUACCCUUUUGUGGUCCCAACAUCAUUGAUCACUUUCUGUGUGAUGUGGACCCACUGAUGUCAUUAUCCUGUGCCCCUGCACCCAUCAUAGGACAUAUAUUCCAUACUAUGAGCUCUAUUAUCAUCAUUCUCACCAUGUUGUACAUCCUUGGGUCCUAUAUCUUGGUGCUCAGAGCUGUGCUUCAGGUUCCUUCUUCAGCUGGGCAGCAAAAGGCCUUCUCUACCUGUGGAUCCCACUUAGUUGUGGUUUCUCUGUUCUAUGGAACCAUAAUGGUGAUGUAUGUAAGUCCUUCAUCUGGUAACUCAGUUGCUGUGCAUAAGAUCAUCACACUGAUAUACUCCAUAGUGACACCAGUCUUAAACCCUCUCAUCUACAGCCUACGCAACAGGGACAUGAAAUUUGCCCUUCGUCAGGUCCUCUGUGGAAUGAGAAUUACCCAAACAUCAUGAAUUGGUUUGAUGAAAUCCAACGACUCUCUUUCUCCAAGUUUAAGAAUAAUUCAAUUCUUCUACCUCACCUGACUUGGCCUUAUUCAUAAACAUCACAGUCCUUUCGUGCAAAGCAAAAUUCACCGUGUUGAUCAUUUUUGUAUGCUUUUUGUUUCAUAAAUGUAUUCCUGUAGGAAGAGACAGACAUAUGGUAAAAAAAAUAAUUCUUAAAAAUCUCAAGAUUUACUUCUAGGAAAGUUUUUUUCAAUGUAUAAUAUCUGUCUGCACAACUUAAGAGAUGGAAAUCAAAUUGGUUAUUUGCUUAUG